CUCAGAAAGAGAGUGGCACACUCAUAGGCAAUGCUUCUUAGUAAACAGGAGUGCUGCUAAACUACCAUGAGAACCGCCCAAAUAGCCCCUCAUGUUUGAGAGAAGCGAUGCUUGAAUUGUAUAAAUAAAUACACCCUGACUGAGUGGAGCCCAAGCAAACCAAGAUCUAACCAUCUCAAGAAAGGGAACAAAGCUGAGCGCAUAACCCUUACCAUACAGGAUUUCAGAGUGCGCAGAGUCUUGUGUGCAUACUUACCACUUGUAUGGAUUUUAGAAAGUGCGCAAAGUGUUCAGCGUGCAUACUCACCACCAUGUGGUUUUCAUACAGUACACAGAGCUUAACAUAUGUACUUAAAGAUUCCUAAGCAUCGCAGAGGUGCCGGACCACACAGGAGAGGCAAGCUCAAAUUCAUCACACACGCCCCACUCAUCACACACCCCCAUCACACAGUGUUUUUAAAUAAUGAAAAACGUUCCUUUCUUUGUCAUCCUUCCAUAUUAGUAAAGCCAGACCACAAUGACAACUGUAGUUGUGCAGAUGCCUACGAAGAGUGGCUGGAAUUCAGGAAUAUGUGACUGUUACCAGGACUUGAAUUCUUGCUGCUAUGCGUACUGGUGCUUUCCUUGCUUUACCUGCACCACCACUGGGGAUUUUGGGGAAAGCACCUGUCUGCCUCUGCUGGACAUACUCGGGCCAGGCAUCAUGGCAGCAGUCGGGGUUCCAGUAUGUGUGCCACCUGUGUCUCUGGGGAUGAGGGUUGCAGUUCGCCACAAAUAUGAUAUUGAGGGCAGUAUCUGUGAGGACAUCAUGGUGACUUGCUGUUGCAUCUGGUGUUCCUGGUGUCAGAUGAGUAGAGAAAUUAAAGCACGCAAACAAACGGUCUCUGUACAGACAACACAUCCCAUGAUUCAACCCAUUCCAAUGGCAACCACCACACAAGUUAUCUCUACACAGCAGUCAGCUGGAGUGAUCAAUGUGGCACCGGUAGCAUUUGAUCCUGCAGUCCAGAUGGCACCAAUUACAUCUGUCACAACAGUUGUUAAAUAGAUGGACUGCUACUUGUAUCAAUAAUGAUGGCAUACAUAAAUAC